CUUGCUGAGAGAAGCCGCUGCUGCAAAUCCGCUCGGAGCGUCGGAGCCUGGGCGCAGCCCGGGAUCGCGCCGCCGUCGCCGGGGAGCCGCUCGCUUCCCUGGCCCGGGCCUCAGCGCAAGCCGGCUGGGCCAUGGCAGCCGCCGCGGUCCCGGACCGUCGCUGAGCAGCCGUUAAGCCGUCCGCCCGGGUUCGGCCCGCGCCGCUGUCGCCGCCGCCGCCGCCGCCGCCGCGGCCCAGGCUCGGCUCUCAAGUUUCCGCCCAGAAGCCGAGGCGACCGCGGGCCCGCUCGCCUGCUCGCCCGCUAUGUGGGGCCGUUUCCUGGCCCCGGAGGCUGGCGGCCGGGACAGCCCCGGCGGGGCCCGCAGCUUCCCUGCGGGCUUGGAUUAUUCAUCAGCAUGGCUACCUGGUAAUGAGUCAUUGUGGCAGGCCACAACUGUUCCAUCUAGCCAUCGAAAUAGCCAUAUCAGGAGACACAGUAUAACUUCUGACAGUGGGGACACUGGCAUUGGCACUUCCUGUUCUGACAGCGUGGAAGAUCACUCAACUUCCAGUGGCACACUAUCUUUUAAACCUAGUCGAUCGUUGGUCACUCUUCCCACUGCUCAUGUGAUGCCAUCUAACUCCAAUGCUUCAAUUUCCAAACACAGGGACUCUGUAGCAUCAGAGGGCUCUAAAUGGAGUGCAAGCCUCCUGCAGACAUUGGGAGACCACAGGAGAGGGGAGCAGGACUCCUCUCUAGACAUGAAAGACUUUAGGCCCCUGCGGAAAUGGUCAUCUUUGUCCAAACUUCCUGCCUCGGAGAACUGCAACCAGAGUGGCAUUGUAUGCACAGAGGAGUUGAGGAGUGACUUGGAAAAGGCGGGGAAGGGCGGCAGGGCUUUCUCGUCCCACUUAAGGACCUUUGGGCCUAGUUGCUUACAUGACAGUAUGGAGAUGCUUAAGCUCGAUGACAAAGAAAUCAGUAAAAAGCGCUCAUCAACCCUGGACUGCAAGUAUAAAUUUGAGAGCUACAACAAAGAGGACAUCAGAGCCGCUGCCUCCGCUCUCAGGAGACAGACCUUAGACAUGACUUACAGUGCCUUACCUGAGAGCAAGCCCAUUGUGACAGGCUCAGAGGCUUUUGAGUCUCCAAAGUAUUUAAUGCUUGGCCAGCAGGCGGUAGGUGGAGUUCCCAUUCAGCCUUCCGUGAGGACUCAGAUGUGGCUUACAGAGCAGCUACGGACAAACCCAUUGGAAGGCAGAACUACAGAGGAUUCUUACAGUUUAGCUCCUUGGCAACAGCCGCAAAUUGAAGAAUUUCAACAAGGAAGUGAAACACCAAUGCAGGUUUUACCUGGAUCAUCUCGUCAGAGUUACUCACCUUCUGGCUUUCAGGAUUUCAGUAAGUGGGAAUCAGUGUUGAAAAUAAAAGAAGGACUUCUAAGGCAGAAGGAAAUUGUAAUUGAUAGGCAGAAGCAACAAAUUAACCACCUACACGAAAGGAUAAGGGAUAAUGAACUGCGGGCACAACAAGCCAUGCUAGGACAUUAUGUAAAUUGUGAGGACUCUUAUAUGAGCAGUUUGCAGCCACAAUAUGAGAACAGUUCAGUCCAGACUCCAUUUUCAGAGCAGUCACUGUCCCAUCCCCAACAGGAAGAACUGGAGCAAAAGCUAGCAUCGACUGAGAAGGAAGUUUCACAGCUCAACGAGUUUCUCAAACAAAAACUAAACCAGUUUAGUGAGGAGAAGAAGAAACUGGAGGAAAAGCUGAAAACCAGAGAUAGAUACAUCAACAGCCUGAAAAAGAAAUGUCAGAAGGAAUCUGAGCAAAACAAAGAAAAGCAGAGAAGAAUUGAGACCUUGGAAAAGUACCUUGCAGAUCUUCCAACUCUAGAUGAUGUACAGAGUCAGAGUCUACAGCUGCAAGUCCUUGAAGAAAAAAACAAGAAUUUGCAAGAGACUUUGAUAGACACAGAGAAGAAGCUUGAGGAGAUUAAGAAGCAAUGUCAAGAUAAAGAAAUGCAGCUACUGUGCCAGAAGAAGAAGGAAAAGGAGCUGGUGACCUCUGUUCAGAGUUUACAACAAAAAGUAGAAAAAUGCCUUGAAGAUGGAAUCCGCCUUCCCAUGUUAGAUGCAAAACAGCUUCAGAGUGAAAAUGAUAAUCUCAGAGAGCAGAAUGCAACUGCUAGUAAGAUAAUAGAGAGCCAGCAGGAUGAAAUUAACAGAAUGAUUUUAGAAAUUCAGUCUAUGCAAGGGAGACUUUGUAAAGAGAAGCUGUCUGCAAAGAGCAUGGUGGAGGAGCUAGGAAGGAAAGAAGGCAGCCUCCACAGGGUAACAGAAGCACUGCUCCAAAACCAAAGACAAAUAGGACAGACAUUCUCAUUACUGGACCAGGACCGGGAAGCAGAGCAGUCUGGGCUGCAGAGCCUCCUUUCUAAGUGGCCGCUUUUUGAUCUGACUGUGAUUGACCAGCUCUUCAAGGAAAUGUCCUAUUGUUUAUUUGACUUGAAAGCAUUGUGUAGUAUUCUUAAUCAGCGAGCUCAGGGCAAGGAGCCUAACCUUUCAUUGUUACUGGGAAUCAGAUCAAUGAACUGUUCAGCUGAAGAGACUGAAAAUGACCACAGCCCAGAAGCGCUCACUAAAAAGCUCUCGGAUGUGUGCCAGUUACGGAGGGACAUUGAUGAAUUAAGGACUACAAUAUCAGACCGCUAUGCUCAGGACAUGGGAGACAACUGCGUUACCCAGUGAUCAAGUGUUGGUCCACAGCAACAAUGAUCCGUUGUGAAAUGCUGCUGUGUUAGCCUCCUUUGUUUCUCCGUAGGACUUAGAAGGGAAAGGUGAAGCUCCUGGCAGUGUAUUCCGGCUUUGUCGUCGUCGUCGUCUGUGUUGGUAUUGGUGCUGGUAUUGUUCAGUUUGCUUUACAGAGGAAGUUUGAAGGGGCUGAUGAAAUCAUGCAAACAAUCAUGUUACUAUUUGAAAAAUGAGAUAAUGUCUGCAAGAAAAAGAACAAAACAAUCUGCAUGUUCAAACUACUGAUUGUAGGACCAAGCUGUGAACAGUGCUCUUCAGAUAAAGGCAUAGGGUUUCCUUAAUCCUAUCAUUUUCUGUGUAUACAUGUGACUGCUCAUUCAUUCUCUCGCUUGAUCACUCUGUCUCUGUCUGUCUUUCAGUCUGUCUCUUUGUGUGUGCAUGCCAUGCAUGUGCAUUUGCAUAUGCAUGGACUCUAUUCACAUAAUAAUAGGAUUUCAAGGGUCAAAGCAAGGCUUUGAAAGUCACACACUGUCAAUCUUCAUUUUGGAAUUUUAUAGGCAGGCUGACUAGACCCAAAACCCAGGCAGUGUUCUAAUGCAGAAGGAUAAGGAGCAAAAUCAUUAGUUCUUUUAAAAGUGAAUGUAUUGAAAUGGUGGGAUUGUGAAGUUGGGCUGAUUUUGGCACUGAAGACAGCUAUUUCUUCCAGAGUGGUCAUAGAUUAUCUCACAAUGUAAAAUUCUGCUGUGAUGGUUUUUUUCCCAUUGGCUUUGCAAUUUAUGAUAUAUAUGUAAGCAGAGCCAUAUAAAAUUAAUAGGAGCCCUCUGUGGCCUUCAAUGACUAUUAUAAAAAGAAAGAUGAUAAAGUAACUCUAGCAGAGUUGCUUUUUAUCCACAUUUCAGCAUUCACAUUUAAACAGUUCUGUGCCUGCUUUAAACUAUAAGAGAAAGCCAACUCAUUCAUAUAUGAAUUAAUAGUAACAUAAAACAAAACCUAAGUCUCAAAGAUAUUUUAAUUUCUUUUAUUAGAUUUGUUAAAUUACAAACAGCUUGUCAUGGAUUAUGAUAUUACUUAGGUUAGUUCAUCUGGAGCACAGGGUACUACUAUGAAAUGCAAAUCAUUUGAGCAGAUACACAGCCAUUUAAACUUCAAAUAAUACUGUCUGUGUAUCAUUUUAUGUUUUAGAAAGAUUAUAUAUUUUAUUGCCAGCUGAGAAUUCAUUACAGUCUUUUUAAUACAGGCAAAGCAUUGCCCUUUAUAGGUUGGUUUUCUUUUCCUUCCUUCCUUCCUCCCUCUCUCCCUCCCUCCCUCUCUUCCUUCUUAAUGCAGCCCAGUUUUCUUCAGGCAGGACUAAGUAGGUGGGAGAGUAAAGGGUGUAGAACCAGCAGGAUAGUACUGUUGACUGAGAUCACAAAUACACAUUUUUCUUGCUAAGCUUAUUCUGGUAUAGACCUUGCUCCUAGAAAAGACUUUUCUUAAUCUCAACAAUGAAAACUUAGUGGGACAGGCCUUUGAGAAGAUUGCUCAGGAAGAUACUCAGUUCAGAAUGGGCCUGUUUUCUGCUGUCCAUAGUCAUUUGAUAGUUAUAUUCCAGUAGUUAGUCAUACUACAUCACAAUGACAGAUUUCCCUUCUAUUUAGUGCUGAAUCCACUCUACUCUUCUCCUGGGAUCUGGCUACUAAUAAAUCUGUAUGUUGAAGUGAAUAUGCAUACCAACUCUCUAACCCAGAGAAGAUCUUAGCUACUCUAAGAAUGGUUCUUUAAAAUUAAUUCAUUGGAUUUUAAGACUAAUGUUUUGAUGACAAUCAAGAAAUUGUUUGUUGCAAAAAUAUAUGCUGUGCAAAAAGUAACGUCUAUGCAGAUAGUCCCAAGCUGGAAAGUCAGAUGAUAGCAUCUAUAUGGGUCAUCCACAGUGCAGCAAGUAACAGAUUAACUUCUCUUUGGAUAGAGUCCUCACCAUCCUGUCAUGAUAUCAGAAAUAAAGCCACCUAAAACUAUAGCAUUACAGAGCAACCAGUGCUGAUUUGUGUUAGCAUCUCCUUAUGUCUCCUAAGUCCUAGGUUUUUAGUCUUAGGUUUUGAGGUUUUAUAGUUGCUGUUUUUUUUUUUUAAAAACAAAUUUAUGGUCAUAUAUUUUAAUAUAUAUGUAUACACACACACACACACACACACAUAUAUAUAUACACACACAUACAUAUACACAUAGAGAAAGACAUAUACACAUACCCUUGUUUUUUCAGGCCACUUGCAAUAAAUAAUUUUUAUUUUGGCUAGUUUUCUAAAAUUUAAAGAAUUUAAUUCAUGUGUCUUAGAAUAAAAAAUUUUAAUUAAGAAAUUACCAAACUGUUACUGAUACAUUUCAGUUUCUAAAUUGUAUACUACCAUUUAAAAGACAUUCAGUGUGAUAGAUUUUGAUAUAAUGGACUACAAAAUACUAAUCACUUACCAGAGUCUAGAGUAAUGAAGGGCUUUGACAGAAAGUAGUCCACUUUGGAGGGAAUUUUGAAGAAGAUGGAACUAGUUGUGUCCUAGUCAGUCAGCAUUUCAUUUUUCAGAAACAUCUUCCUUAAGAUACACCUUUGUUAGAACAGUAAUAAUAUCACAUCACAUUGAAAACAAAAAUUUACCAUUAGGUCAAGUAAGAUGGCAAAUAGCAAUUCUAUAGUGUUUGAUCCCCAAUUCAAAGCAGAGUGUACAUGGAAGUUACUAUAAUAAGAUAAGCCUAAAAUAAAAGGGAACUUAAAUUCUAAAGUAAUCUAUCUGUAAAUUUCCAUAUAUAAUGAAUUUUCUUUUCAUUUAUGCUUUUGUGUAUAAAGUCUUUAUUCUCCUAGGAAGUGUUACACAGUAUUUUAUUUUUAGUCUGUUCAAGCUGAAGCCAUUCGAACACAGUCAUAGAAGAGAGGUAGACAGACUAUCUGUUGCCGCAGGAAAGAUACCGGUUACCUAUGCAGGUAAAACUAGCUGAAUCAAGGACACAAUAAUGCACCAUUUGAUGUUACAUUUGAUGUUAGAAAAAUAGACUUAAACUUAGUACAUUUUCAGUGACCUCUGAUUUCAAGAUUUCAAGUGACUAGGUAAAUAUACAAGGAUUUUAUUUUUAAGAGCAUGGUCCCUUUUAAUAUUAGAAUUAGAUUCACUGUUAAUGUUAGCAUUAUUAUAUCUUAGUGGUUGUGGGUUGUAAUUUUGUGAAACUGAAUUUAACUUUCAGUAGCUUGUUAGAAAAAUUCAAGAGCUAGAAAUGUUGCUAAAAUGAAUAUUGGACAGUUGGAUAUAGAAGCUUGUGAGGAAAUGCUGUUCUUGUUUCACUAGGAAUCUCUGACAGGAUAUCUGUAGAGUGGCUGUUUCAUUGGUGAAUGCUCUUUAAAUAUCUGUAAUAGUCACUGAGCAACAGGAGCUGAGCACCGGGCUAUUUUGCACAGUACUGUUCAAGUCUAGCAUGCCUCUGGUUUGUAUUGCUGGAGUUCUUGUCUAGAUCUCUGUCAUUGGAUAUGUAAUCACAGUGAUAGGGUGGUCUCUGAAUGACCACACAGAGCAGAUGACAUUUGGAAACACCAAUAGCUCUUGCUUCCCUUUUAUUUCCAUUUCUGACAGUUCUUUUCAGUGUUCACAAACGAAGAGAAACUGUCUUCUAUUUGGUAUAAAAAGUAAAAAUUUUGAACUUCACCUCCCAAAUACAUUGAUAGUAAUUGCUGUAUGAAUAUAUCAUACAUUUAAUCAUGAAAGGGGAUGAUUUGAGAUUUCUUCUUACUGAAAUGAAAUAUUGACUAUAAUGGAAUGUACUUUGAAAUCAGUAUCAUCGGCAACACUGUUGCAGCUGCAUACAGAGAGAACCUUUCGUGCCUUUUUGCCUGCAGUGUUUAUUUCUCUUAUAUGAGCUAUAAGAAUGUUGAUUAUUGCACCUUGUUCUUUGGGAAAUAGACUUAAAAACUUUUCUAAAACGAGCCAUUUCUUCUUAGGUGAUAGUUACCUUAGUAAACAUGAGAGGAUGUAUCAUAUUUGGAUGUGUUUGAAGCCCAGCCUUUUCUAUAUAGAGAGCAGGAAAUUCCUUUCAAAUGUAUUCAUUUGUAUGUAUGUGUGUAUUUAUAUAUAUUAUAUAUAUAUGUAGUUAUUUAAACACUUAAGCGUGAGAUUAACAUCAUGUUGGCUGGUGACCACAAGUAGUAAGGUGCUAGAUGGUCACACUAGAAGCACAGUGGAGUGUGCAAUCAGUCACUGACUGGUGGGCUUGUAAACUGGGUUCAGGUUUUGAACCACCAGAAUACCUCAUGUGUAAAUACAGUGUUCAUGACUUAACUGAAAUACAGUUAUUGUAAAAAAAAAAAAUGUGAAGCCACUGGCUGGCUUAUGCCUUCUGACUUUUUGUUUUUCCUCCUUUUUGGAAAGGAGUUAUUUAUGGUUUUGUUUUUUAAAUAGGGUUUACAGCUAGAAAUUUGAAUGCCAAAGUUCUAUUUAUUAAACUAAGAAAAAAAAGUUUUCAAUGUUAAUGGCUAGUAUUUUUCCACUGGACUAUUGUUUGUUGAUGUUGGAAUUUGUAUUUACAGAGAAAUAAAUUUUUUACAAAAAUA